GGCGAUCAGUCGUCGUUGAUCGUGCUUGUCGUUUGGUCUUCAGCUGGUUUCGGGUAAAUACGCGUGGUGAUUUCAUCGGUAACAGAGUUGAACCGCUUCGGUGUCGAACGGGCUAGUGGAUAACAAAUCGAAUCCAUUUAUAUUAGACAACGUAAAUAAAAUGGCUAGCUUUUCCACACAAGAUAUAUCUCUGAGUCCAACAAUCAUAACAAAACCGCCAGCGUUUCGAAAUAGCUAUUUCAAAACUGUUUAUCGCUGGUUGGACUACAAACGACUGGAAGAUGGCGCUGAAGGCCUGUGGCGUAUUCAUGACACCUUGUAUGAUUUAACGCAAUUUAUCGAUCGGCAUCCCGGGGGCGCCGAGUGGCUUCAAAUGACCAAGGGCACUGACAUCACGGAAGCUUUUGAGACUCAUCACAUCUCAAAUGUAGCGGAAAUGUUUCUGCCAACCUAUAAAGUUCGAAUGGCCAAAGAGCCACGAAAUAUAAGGCUCACAUUCGAUGAGAAGGGUUUCUAUCGGACCUUGAAGGGACGAGUAGCUGAAAGAUUGGAUGGUUUGGAUCUACACCGUAAGCGUCAUUCAGAGAUUAUUCAGGAUUCACUGGUAGCCGUAUCAUUUUUUCUCGCAUUUCUGGCUGUAAAUCUGAACAGUAUUUUGUUGGCCAUAGUAUGUGGAUUCGCCAUCUGCUGGGUGAUGAAUUGCGCACAUAAUUUUUUCCAUCGCAGGGAUAACUGGAGGAUACUCGUGUACAAUAUGGUGUUUUUGAGCUACAGGGAACAGAGAAUAUCGCAUGUACUUUCGCAUCAUAUGUAUCCCAACUCGGUAAUUGACUUGGAGAUAACAUUGUUUGAACCAUUUUUGUGUUGGUUGCCGGAACCUUUGGGCUUCUUUAAACGAUAUGUAUCAUGGAUUUAUGAGCCGGUAGUGUUUAGCGCAAUAAUUUUCUCUGAAUUUUCAAAACGAAUCGUAGAGUUACUAUUGACGAGAAGAAAUUUUUUCCACAUUGAAGACAUUGUCAGUCUUUUGUUGCCAAUUUUUAUGUAUGCCACUAGUUCCUGUGGUUUGGCAAUAGUAUUCAAGAUAUGGCUGAUAACUGUGAUAUCAGCAAGUUUCUUCUUUGGAUUCUAUUCGAAGAAUGCCGCCCAUCAUCACCCGGAUGUAGCUCAUGCUGGAGAUUUGAUUCCGUCAGAAAUAGAUUUCGGUGUCUACCAGCUCUUGACGGUUAUCGAUCGAUCGAAUGUUGAUGACUUGGAACUGAAUAUACUCACCAGCUAUGGGCAUCACUCCUUGCAUCACAUGUUUCCUACGUUGGACCACUGUUUACUGCCGCAGUUGUUUCCGGUAUUUUUGGAAACCUGUGCCGAAUUUCAUUUGGAACAUCGCAGAUAUCCCUGGUGGCGACUUAUAAUGGGACAAUUUCAACAGCUGGCAUGUGUUGAACAGAAAACGCACUACGUACCGAAAAAGGAUUUGUGAAUAAUAUAUCUUGUGUCCCAUAGGUCUGUGUUAUAGAUGGUGUUACAAACAUCGUAUGCAGUUUAGGUUUUCUAUACUAGUCACUUUUAGGGUUUUGAUUACCGGUGAAUGUAUUAUUAUGUGCAAUCGUUAUUUCAUGUAGGUGCAAAUCUUAAUGCUUGAGAUCCAAACUUUUCAUGAUCAUUGGGGUAUUUGGGGUAUUGUCUCUUCCGAACACGUAACUUUUUACGAUUUCGACAAAUAACAAAGUAUGUUCAAUGACUUGGGCUAAUUAUUUUUUUGUUGUGUUAAUUAUCAAUUAUUACCGUAACUUUCGCUUAUUCUAGUACAUAUCCUAAUUUUCCCUAGGUUUUCAAACCAAUUUACUUUCCUGCUAGAAAUACGAUCUCCAUCGCACCUGACCAGGAAGGAAAUUUUCGGUUUUCCGGGUAAAUGUGAAUUUUCUCCGAUACACAGUAGUCGGUGAAUUGAGAUUUGCGGCCAAAAUGUUUUUUUUUUGUGUCAAUUUUUUUCUACUAUGAUUUUGUCAUAUGAAAAAAGUGUUUAUUGACCAGGGGCUGUCCAUAAAGCACGUGAAUUGCAACAAAUAUAAUAUUUUUUAAACAUUUAAAAAACUCGUAUCAGUUCUUCAGUUUUACGUUUCUCCAAUGUGUCUUGGACCAAAUUGGUACGAUAUACGAAGAAUUUCGCUGAUAAAUCACCCAAAAAUUGAAAACUUACUGAAAUACUACAAGGUAUACAGCCCUAGGGUUGUAUGAAAUGGUGACGUGGGACUAAACACUGUAAUUAGGGGAUUUUUUGUUACAAAAUAUACAGAGUCUGCAGACAGAAUCAAUGUGUUUAUUUUCAGCCUCCCCUGGAAAUCAAUUUUUGGAAUAUAUUCAACAACACUCGAAGAAAGAUCAUUUAUAUUUGGCGAUAUUAUGCCUUUAGUAUUUUUUUUUUUGUGCAAAAAAAUAUGUAUUUAACAAGGCAGAAGCAUAUCGUGCUUGUUGAAGAAGCACCAAGAAUUUCUCAUAAUGCGUCAAAGUCAGAAUUAUCUCUAUAUCUCCAAAAACCAAAUCCAAUAAUGCUUACGUUAUCAUAAUGAAUGGUUUUGUCUUAUUUAACUCUAACUAAAUCAAAUCUAUAGUAUGGAUCUUACUUUCAAAAUAAUAUGGAAGCCCUAACAAAGGUUCAUCAAUUGGAAAACAUAAGAAAAUAUUUUGAACAAAAUUCCUACCAAGUUCCAGCAAAAAAUCGUAGAAAUCCACAAUUACAUUUUCAUUUUUUGCUUGACAAUUGUUUCAUUUGCCUGCAACUACAUUCGCUGUAUUACGAAGACAGGAAAUAUACGUUUAUUAUGGUUACGCUUAGAAUAAUAAUAUAUCAUCUAACAAUUUUGAAAUGUAAAAAGAGAUUCUGUACGAAUCUUACUAAAUCAACUAAAAAAUCA